AUGACUAACGGACAUUCAUCAAUGGACAUCGAUGAUAAUGAUGAACUAUUAUGUGAACUUGAUGUUGAAUUUCGUCGAACAGAACAAUCCAUUUAUGUAUUUCAAUAUCCAAUUCGACCAAAUUAUCGAUCGUAUGAUGAAAUAUCAUUUGCAAGUGCACGAAUUAAAGAAAAACAUUCUCUUGUUGAAAUGGAUUUACUUGUUGAUCCACAAUGUUCAAAUUAUUAUUCAGCAAGAGGAAAACAAUUUGCUGAUAGUACAAAUAAUGAGAAUGGAAAACAAUUUUUCAAUAGUGAUCGUAUGGAUAAACAAACUAUUGCAUCAACUAUUUCAUCAAAUGGUGAUUGUUAUUCUGUUGGUAUAUUUAAUAAUAUUACUCGUCAGUUAGUUCUUUGUCCGUUAAAAUCUAUAAUUCAAUUACGACCACAAUUCAAUUAUCUCGAUACAUCCUCUUCAACAUCUGGUACAACAAAAGAUGGAAAUACUAAUGAUGAUGAUCAAAUGAAUGGAAGUGAUGGUGAACAAUCAGGAAGUGAAAGUGAAGAAAAUAAACCUGAACCAGCCGCAAGUUUAGUAACAAUGAAAUUUGCUAAAAAGGAAAGUGAUUAUCAUAAAAAGAAACGUCUACAAUCAUAUGGUUAUUUUCGACAAAUGCGUGAUGAUGACCGUUGGCAAGAUCUUGUUUGUGUAAUGAAUGCUCAUUCAUUCGAUGCACAACGUAUUCGUGAAAAAUUUCUAUCAAAUGAAAAACAAGAAGAACAACAGCCCACAAUGAUAAAUGAAACCAAAGAACUUUGA